AUGGAAGAAGUAGAGUUCCCAUGUUGUGAAAGGACCUUCUGGCUUCUUCUUGUGGCCUUUCUGGGGCUCGUGUUAUUGGCAGGCAUUGCUUCAGGUCUGGCUCUGGGACUGUUAUCGUUCUCCCAGGUUGAUCUUGAGGUCCUUAUUAAAGCUGGUAGCCCAAACGACAGAAAAAAUGCAGCAAGGAUUUCACCAUUUGUAAAGAAUGGCCACUUCGUCCUCUGUACUCUCCUUAUUGGCAAAUCACUUGCUGCAGAGGCAAUGCCAGUUGCUCUGGACAGAAUACUUCCCUUCUGGCUUGCUAUUCUAGCAUCAGCUCCCCUCGUCACUGUCUUUGUGGAGAUUGUUCCCCAAGCUGUGGCAGCCCGUUAUGGACUAACUUUAGGAGCAAAGAUGGUUCCCUUUGUUCAGCUCCUUCUUGUCAUCUUCUCUCCCAUAUCCUAUCCUGCUAGUAAGCUUCUGGAUUGGACUCUUGGGAAAGAGCACUCAGUUCUCCUAAGAAGAUCAGAGCUUAAAACAUUUGUGGACUUACAUUCAAAUAAGGCAGGGAAAGGAGGAGAACUAUCUCAUCAUGAAACUUCAAUAAUCUCAGGUGCAAUGGAUUUGACUGAGAAGAAAGCAAAAGAUGCAAUGACCCUCCUCUCUGAAGUUUUUUCCCUUGACAUAAACUCCAAAUUGGACAUGCAUACAAUGACUCUAAUAACUAGCAAAGGUCACAGUCGAAUACCUAUAUACUCUGGAACUCCAAGAAACAUCAUUGGCCUCAUAUUGGUUAAGAAUCUAGUUUUCUGCCGCCCAGAAGAUGAGACCCCAAUCAAGAAUUUGAUAAUCAGGAAAAUUCCUAGGGUUUAUGAAAACUGGCCGCUUUACGACAUGCUGAAUCAAUUCCAGAAGGGUCACAGCCAUAUGGCCGUUGUGUUGAAGGAAAGCAAAAACGCUAAGAAAACUACAGCUCAGAAUGCUAGCACCCCUACUUAUUUUAACAUGAUUACAGAUAAACUACCAAAUGAAGUGCAGAUCAAUAAAGGUAGCAUCAUAUGGCUUUUAAACUAG